AUGGCGAUGGUCAAUGGAGUUCUCGUCGCCAUCCCCCCACUCGAGAGCUAUGUGGUCGACUUUGAAAAUCCCCAGAGACGAUCACUCCCGGCGAUAUACAUCAUCGCCGGAAUCGGAAUGUUCCUGGCUCUCCUGUUUCUGGCUCAACGCAUCUAUGUCAGACUGCGCCUCUUCCACGCUCUCGGCCUUGACGAUUGGGGCCUCGUUCGAAAAGAAGCCGCAAUACACGCCUGGGAGAUGCCAAUUGCCAAUUUUGCCGAGUUCGUAAAGUAUUCGGCGUACAUCCAGCCGACGAUCUACAUAGUUCCAACGAUGCUCUCAAAGAUGGUUCUCCUCAUAUUCUUCCUGAAGUUGGGCAACCGGCAAAAAUGGUACAUAUGGAGCAUCUGGUUCACCAUGGCCGUCACUGUUGGAUCCAAUAUCGGGCUGCUCCUCGCUCUGGCUUUUGGCUGCAACCCCAUCCGGAAAUCGUGGGACAUCACCGUCACAGGAGGAUCUUGCAUCAACUUGCAAGCUGUGUACAAGUCGAUCGCGGCCUUCGGAAUCGUCACCGACGUCAUGAUCUUUUUGAUCCCAAUUCCCAUGGUCGUUGGCCUCCAUCUCUCCCGAGCGAAGAAAGCUGGCCUUUUCUUCCUUUUCGGCCUUGGCUCAGUAACCGUUGUGACAUCUAUUGUCCGGCUUUACCUCCUCAUUCGAGACUUUGGCACACUCGAUGCUCCCUGGCCUGGCGGACCCGUUCUUGUGGGGAUUUGCAUCGAAGCCAACCUCCUCAUCAUGUGCGCAUGCAUCCCGACCCUGAAAUACUUUGUCCAAGUGGUUGCUCCCAAUUUGCUGGGCGCCAGCUCUGCCGGGAGGAGCAACAACGCCAACUCGGCGGGCCGAGGCCCGACAUACAUUCUAGGCGGCCAACGAAGCGGCAACAGCACCCGUCCCCGACCAAAACCACAAAACUACCACGGCUUUGAUGAUGGCGACACGGGGUACCACAUGGGUACGUUGGUCGAGGGCGGAAGACCCGUCGAGGUCGACAAUAGCUGGAGGAACCACCAUGACAUGACCCACGACAAGGACCGGGACGAUGACAGUGCAAAGACCAUCAUUCAGACAAAGUCGAUGCAAAUCCAUUACGAGGAUCGAGGUGUCUGA